AUGGUUACCGACGCAAUGCUUUUAGCGUUGCCAUUUCCGUUAUUAUUUAUGGCUAGAGUGCCUUUGGAGAAACGAAUCCGGCUAAUAGCCCUCUUCUCAAUCGGGUUCUUCCUCCUUGCGAUUUGUAUCGUGCGUAUGGUCCAAGGUCUCCAACAUGCACACUUCCAGUUAUCACGAACGAUGUGGGCAUCAAUCGAACUAUUAUUCGCCACGAUAGUUGCCUGUUCACCUAGUAUAUACUGCCACAUCCGCCGGGGUAGAGAAAGCACCGGGAUAACAAAUAUGAUGCCAACCACACAACGGGGCUCUAACUCAUCGGCACGUACAGAAUGUAGAAUGGGGAAAAGUACUUCUCACGGCAGUGGAAAUAGCUACAGUAUUGAAAACGGAAGAUCUAGCUUUCCGGGUAGUAUUGGUGGCAGUACCACGAGUUUCACAGGAGGGGAAAGACAUUCUUCAAUAUUUAGUAAUUAUCGAAAUAGUGAACGCCACGGGAGUUGUGCUGGUAGUAGGAGGAAUAGUAGUAGAAACCCGAGUAUUGCGAGUAGACAUAGUAUCAUCAGCAGGAAUUUCAGCGUAAGUAGUAGUCGAAACAUGAGCUUUAGCAGUAGUCGACAUAGCAACACUGCUGCGGGAGCAAGCAAAAGCAGAAUGGGCAGUUACGCUGGUCCGAAUUUCGAUAUUCCGACAUAUGACGGUGAGAUAUUCCCCGGGUUUGACGCUUUUGGGGGACACGAGAGGGGUAGUGUUAGUGCUAGUGUUUGGACUUAUGGUGGAGUGAUGGAAGAAGGGAAGACCGAGGGGGACGGCGGGAAGGAGGAAAAAGGAGGGUUUUAUGUCAUCGAUGAAGAGGAGGGGAAGGGUUUGGAGGGAAUUAUGGUGGAUACGACGUGGAGUCAGGUUUCAGAAGUCGAUACUGAGUGUAGACCGGGAGCUUCGGGGAUAAUUCAGCCGCCUAGCAGGACGAUUACCGAAGAGGAGGAACCUGAAGAGUCGGGUUUGUAG